UUAUUUACAUUUUGUUUCUGCUCUUCUGCACAGGCACACUGUCUCUCAGUCACCUGUAAAAAUGAAGAAACCGACCAAUGAGGAGUAUGGGAUGGGGGUGGAUGAAGAGCCAGAUCUGAUAGUAAAAGGUUGGCUUUUACGGGAGGUUGGUGGCAGCUGGAUAAAGCACCGUCGGUACUGGUUUGUGCUGAGCCAGGAUUCCCUCGACUACUACACCGGGCCAGAGAAAGGCGCUCGGAGACUGGGCACGCUGGUCCUCACCAGUCUCUGCUCUGUCAUUUGGCCAGACAAGCAAACCUACAAAGAAGCAGGUUACUGGAGCAUUACUGUUUAUGGACGGAAGCACUGCUACAGGCUGUACACCAAGCAUUUCAAUGAAGCAGUGCACUGGGCCUGCGCCAUCCAAAAAAUCAUCGAUACCAAAUCUCCAGUGGAAACGCCGACACAACUUUUGAUUCGAGACAUCGAGGAGAAUAAGUUCAACCCGGAGGUGGUGGAGCACAUCUACCAACAUAACACCAUUCUUAAAUACACCCAGGGCCCCCUCUAUGCUCCUCUGCUUCCUUUCCCUUACGGCAAUCUGGAGCACACAUACCACAAUGGGAAGGGCUACGGCUCGGUGCGUGAGGAGGCGGUGAAGCUCUUCAACUGCCUGCAGCAGCUGGAGUCGGCGCGGGAGCCGGUUCCAAUCAUCCAGGGUGUGCUGCAGACCUGCCUGGACCUGCGGCCCCUCCGUGACGAGGUCUACUGUCAGCUCGUGAAGCAGACCAGCCACACGCCUUCCCCGAACACUGCUGCGCAUCUCCGUUACUGGCAGCUCCUCACCUGCAUGAGCUGCACCUUUCUGCCGGGGUCCACCGUGCUCAAAUACCUGAGGUUCCACCUCAAAAGAAUUCAGAGCCAGAGUCCUGAAUCCGAGAUGGAUAACUACGCGUCGUUCAUCAGUGAGGCUUUGGAAAAAACAAAAUGCCGUGAGUGUGUGCCAUCGUGGGAGGAGAUCCAGAUGCUGAUGAACCGACAGGAGAUGCUGUGCACCGUGCACUACCCUGGACCCGGCUCCUGCCAGCUCUACAUCAGCUCUCACACCACUGCCAACGAGGUGGUUCGAAGGAUGCAAGAGAAGCUGGGCCUUCAAGACAGCAAAAAUACAUUUGCACUGUAUGAGCAGAAUGCACUGUGGGAGCAGCCGGUCGCCGGGAACUCUCUGAUCGCCGACGUCCUGACCAGCUUCACCACCAAAGAGUCGGAGUCUCAAUCCCAGUGGAAACUGUGUUUUAAGCUCUACUGCCUGUUGGACGCUGACGGCAUAUCAGUGGACAGCAUCGAGUAUUUAUUCCUCUUCGAGCAGUGCCAUGAGAUGGUGGUGCGCGGUCAGCUCCCAGCAUGCGAGGAGGACCUGCUUGCCUUGGCGGCCCUCAGGCUUCAGACCCUCAUGGGCGACUUCAGCACGCACGCCCCCUUCCCGCCUCUGGACGAGCUUUUCCCCGGCCACAUGCUUGAAACGCGGGUGCUCAUGUCGCUCUCGGCCCCGCAGGCGGCGCCCCCCUGUCAGGUGGCGGGUCAGGACUGUCCCGCCACGCAGCGGUUCCCUACAGGCCUCCUGGCCGGGACGCUGUGGAGCCACUCGGCCACGGUUGCACACAAGCAAAAGAUGGAGAACGACAAGCGCCUGCGCAGCCGCCUGAAGGAGGAGGCGGCAGCGGUGACGACGGCCAUCUUGGAGCGUUGGAAGGGUCUGGCUGGGCACAGUAGCAGGGACAGUAUGGCUGCCUACCUCACAAUUGCACGCCAGUGGUCGGGCUUUGGAUGCACUCUCUACGAAGUGGACUUUUACAUUAGUUCAAAAGGGAAUUUCUCUCAGAAACUGUGGCUGGGUGUCGCUGCUACAUCUGUGUCCAUCUACAAGCAGGGAGAAUCGGAGGCCCUGGAGUCCUUUCCUUACGGCCAGAUCUGCUCUUACGGUGUAUCUGACAGCAACACCUUCAAGAUCACAGCGGGCGAUCGGGAUCUAAUAUUUGAAACCAGCAAGCUGACUGAGAUCAUGCAGCUCAUGAACGCCUAUUUCAGUGCCAUCCAUCGCCAGCGAGGUAAAGGAGAGGAUGCAGACACCAUAACCUUCACCGAAAGCACAGACGUGGGCUUCCGUCACCUGGCCCCGACACCGACCCCCACGCUUCUGGAGCUGCCCUCUCACCCCGUUUAAGAGGAACUCUUACCCACACCCCCUCACACCGUCCUCCUUCCCAUGGGGAGGUUCAGGCUUAGUCCUGAAGACCCUCGGCCUCCUCCACUGGGAACGGUGCUGCAGCCAAUACAAAGAGAGGGCUGUUUCCCGUCCCCAUCUAUGAAAACAAACUUUCCUUGGGACUUCCAGCUAAAGAAGCUGCUCUUAAAAUGAAAAGCGUGAGAUACGGUGCAAGGGAAUGCUUGGAAAUGCACAAAAGCCAGUUACUGAUGAGGUGUUGCACCUCCCACCCGCUCUUCCCACCAUUCAUCCAUCUUUGCUACUCUAAACGGCAAUAAACCCAACCCCAACUGUACCGCACCCUCCUUGGCGAGAUGUUGGCGUGAGCCUUACUACCACCGCAAACAUUAAGACUUGCAGUGAUCAUAAGCCGUGGAGCUACCCUCAUAAAGCCCCAGCUCAGAGCGAAAACACUACCCUCUCCCCUCGCUCUCUCGCGCUGUGGGUGCCAUAUUGGAUUUGCCUUUCCUAGAAGGCAGACGUCCCUCGUGCACUGCUGGAAAAGUAUUGAGAACUUUCAGUGACACACACACACACACCCUGACUGCCCCCUGCUCUUCAUCAGUCAGUUUUCAUAAGAUCCCGGCUGGGCUUCCAUUACCUAGAACUGUUGAUGCAGAGAGGCCAUGUGAACUUGGAACUGGAAGCAGAUGUUGGAGCUCUGCGGCUGAGUCACUCUGGCUGCAGUAACUGCACAGCCUCCUGCCAGGGUGUCAAUCUGAUCACAUUAAAAA